AUGCCGCUUCUUUCUAAACAAAAAAGAAAAUCAAAAGAACAACCACGUACAGUAGGCGGUAAGUAUAAUACUAAAAAAACAUGUAAAAAUGGCCAGGACUCUUUGAUACUUGAAGUAUCUUACAAUGAUAAUGAUUUUUUCGAUGAUGGUUCAUGCUAUUUUAAUGAUGACACUGAUUCUUUUGAUGAUAAUGGUGGCGAUUCUUCAAGUUUUAUUGAUGAUAUACCGGCUGAUGAUAUUAAUUUUGAAUUCUUUGAUGAUGAAGUGUGGAGUGAUGAUGAUGAUAGUGGAUGGGACGAACCAGAAGAAAUGGAAGCCGAAAUUAAACUCCACCAAAGAUUAAAAAAUUUCGAUUUACAAGGGCCAUAUAAAACAAGCAAAACACCAAAAUCAACAUAUUAUGACAAAUAUGGUCCAAAUGGCACGUUAACUAAAGCUGCAGCUGGCACUGAAAAAAUUACAAAUUUUUUUAAGAUUAGUAGUACCCAAGUUACUAAUCCACAAUUAUCUAGAGCUGAUACACUAGAAGUUUUUUCAAGUGAUUCAGAAAGUGAAGUUGUUAACCCAUAUAUUUACAAAAUAACUGAAAAAAUAAAGAAUCUAAAAAAACAGUUAGAGAAACAACAUAAUCAAUUAACAGUUGAUGAGUAUAAUUAUAAAAGAGCAAUAUUUGAAUAUCUAACCUUGUUAAAUAAUAAUAAUGGACACAGAAAAAUUGAUAUUAGUUUGGAAGUUGCACAAAAAAUUUUUAUUGAUGGUGGUGUAUGGAAAGCAAAAAAAAUCAGAUAUCUUACAAAAUAUUGGUUACUGAAUAAUAAACUCCCAGAAUCUAGAUGUGGAAAACAUCAAAAAACAAUUAGAAUAAUUGAUGAUGAAGAUGUUGCAGAAAGAUGUCAUAUUUGGAUUCGAAAACAAGAUUUCAAAGCCACACCAGCUUUAUUUAAAAAAUUCAUUGAAACUGAAUUAUUUCCUAGCAUUGGAAUCACUAGAGAAAAAUCCAUUGCUUUAAUGACUGCAGCAAGAUGGCUUAACGUUCUUGAUUAUUCAUUUCAACAAUAUCGUCGUGGAAUAUAUUAUGAUAGGCAUGAAAGAGAUGAUGUUGUACAAUAUCGAAAAGAAUUCUUAGAAAAAAUGUUUGAACAUGAAAAAUAUAUGUCCAAAUAUGAAGGUGAAUCUAUAGAUCAAAUACAUCCUAACUUACCUGAAGGAGAGAAAGAGAGAAUCCUGGGAUAUUGGACAGCAGAACAUCUUCUGGAACAAAUUGAAUAUAAAGCAAUUCCUAUUUUCGAGGCUUUAUAUUCAGAUUGUGUAGCAGUAUUUGCUUUUGAUAAUAGCUCUAAUCAUGCUGCAUUUAGCAAAGAUGCUUUAGUUGCAAGUCGAAUGAACUUAAAUCCAGGUGGUAAACAACCAGUCAUGCGGAAUACUUACUUUGGGCCAAAUAAUCAGCUACAGUCAAUGGUGUUUCCAACAACACAUUAUGAUAAGAAACUUCGAGGUAAGCCUAAAGGAAUUAAACAAGUGUUAAUGGAACGUGGAAAAUGGCCAUCUGGAGGAUUGGUAUUAGAAUGUAGCAAAUGCAAAGAAAAGUGUCAGGAUAGCUCAAGAACUUCCUGCUAUGCACGUCGAGUAAUAUCCUUAGAACCCAAUUUUCUUGCUCAAAAAGGUGCUAUUGAAGAAUUAAUUGAAAAUGCAGGACAUAAAUGCAUUUUUUUCCCUAAAUUUCAUUGCGAAUUAAAUUUCAUUGAAAGAUAUUAG